AUGUUUUACUCUUUGGAAGGGAAAGCUCUUGAGAAUUUCCUUGGUGCGAUGAAACUAGACUUUCACAAACAUCUUGUGUAUCCUACAAAUAUUUCUUCUGAAUGCAGUGUUUGCUCCAACUCUGAACAAAUAGAAGGUGCCAAAGCCAGCGAAAGCGGUGAAAAUGGCGUAACAUGCAAAAGCAAUGAAAGUCAAAAAGGCGGUAAAAGCGGCAAAGGCGGUGAAAGCAUUGAAAGCGGUGAAAAUAGCGAAACCGGCCAAAGAAGAGGAAGCGGCAAAAGCGCCAAAGCCAGUGAAAGCCUUGAAAGCAUCGCAGGCGCCGAAAGCAGUAAAAAUGGCGAAAGCGGUGAAAAUGGCAAAAGCGGCAAAGGCGGUGAAAGCACUGAAAGCAUCGCAGGCGGCGAAAGCAAUGAUAGCAGCGAAAGCAUCGCAGGCGGUGAAAGCGGCAAAGGCGGUGAAAGCCGCUACAUCUGCAAGCCUUGUAAUCUCUACGCCCACAAAGAUUGCGUUGAGAUCAACAACCCUUAUCAUCACAAGCAUCCUCUCAAACUCCUUGAGUUUGAUAUUGUACUCGACUUUGGGAAAACAUGUCGCUUGUGUGGAGAGAAGGUGGAACGUCUAUUUUAUCAUUGCUUCUUAUGUGAUAUAACUUUAUGCAGGCUUUGUCCUAGUAUACCGUUGGUUAUUGACGAUGUCCCGAAGAAGGUUCACGAGCACUCACUCACACAAGUCAUGAUAAAGGUAUCCUUCACUUGCGAUGCUUGUGGGAUUUGUAGCGACGGAUUCCCUUGUGUAUGUCUUCCGUGUUGUUUUAUAAUCCACAGAGAUUGUACCAAGUUGCCCCGUGUUAUACACGUUAACCGUCAUGACCAUCGUGUUUCUCACACUUAUUCUCUUUGCAUUGGAGAUUGGGGAUGCGGGGUUUGUCGCAAAGGCAUUGAUAGGGUCUAUGGGGCUUACUCCUGCUCGAUUUGUCGCUAUGCUGUUCAUUCAAAAUGUGCAACAAGAACUGAUGUGUGGGAUGGGGUCGAACUAGAAGAUAUCCCUGAAGAUGAAAAUGAAGAUAUUGAUCCGUAUGAAGUGAUUAGUGAAGGGGUGAUAAGACAUUUUCUUCAUGAGCAUGACUUAAGAUUGAUAAUUGAGAAGGAUGGAAACGUAUCCUACUGCUAUGCGUGCACCCUCCCCAUCUAUUGUGAUCCGUGCUACGCUUGUAUGGAGUGUCGUUUCGUCCUGCAUGAAGCAUGUGCAAAGCUUCGUAAAAAGUUAAGACAUGAGCUUCAGAGUCAUCAACUCAUUUUGUGUCUCAAUCCCAGACCAGGUCAAGCCUUUAAAGACGGCUAUUUUUCUUGUGACGCUUGUCACCGAAGAUGCACUGGUUUCUGUUACAAAUAUAAGCGUAUAGAAUUAGAUAUUCGCUGUGCGCAAGUGUCUAAGACAUUUAACCAUGGAAGCCAUCCACAUCCGCUGUUCAGCAUUUCAACUGCGUUCAAGAAGUGUACGGGUUGUGGCCGAUCCGACAAACCAGUAAUGAGUUGCAUUGAAUGUGUUUUCGAUUUGUGCUUCUAUUGCGCUACUCUGCCAGUAGAGGCAAGACACAAAUACGAUUGUCAUCCUCUUUCUUUGUGCUAUGGUGAAAAUGCAAAGGGAUUGUACUGGUGUGAGAUUUGUGAGAGAGAAUUAAAUCCAAAAGAGUGGUUCUACACCUGCAAUGACUAUGGCUCAACUCUUCAUGUCAACUGCGUACUUGGAGAUUACUUACAUGUCAGACCAGGGCAUAGUUUCAAAUACAAUGACAAUGAAGUUGAAGUGGUUGCGAACGACCAUCCCACUCGACCCUCCUGCAGCUUACACUCUAGGGAAUGGCGUUGUGUUCAUCCAUUUGUUUUCAAGCGUAAGGUCAACAACACAAUAUCUAGCAUGUGUGAUUAUUAUUUUCGGUUUUGCUAA